CUCGGCAACGGGCAGCCGUGUGUUGCUGCCGGGUGGUGGCCCACGUCCAACUUCACCGAGUCUCCCACCGGAACUGAUCCGUUACCCAAUGGAGGAUCGUGCACUGUGACUAUAAAACCAGCCAACCUGGGCGAUAUACAAAUCUCCUCGUCGAAGCACUCUCCAGCUGGGUGUUGUGGUCAAAGCAAGUAUUAGUAUUUGCCCUAUCGAUCGUUGUCAUCACAUCACAAAAGAUGCGUGCCCCCCAGCUGCAUGUGCUGAGCAAGACACCGUAUAACGCGGAACCACCAUCGCUCGCCGAGCUCGCCCAGUACCCUAUCACCCCUCUCCGUCUCGCCUACGCCCGAAACCACUCCGAAAUUAAGAGCCUCAAGUCGACCGCUGGAACAUACGCCGUGAGGAUCGAUGGGGAAUUACAAUGCCUUGCGAAGGAAAAGGUGAUCACGUACCAAGACAUACUACUCCGCUUCCCACGCAAGGAAGUCGUAGCCGCACUCGUGUGUGCCGGAAAUAGACGCGCUAAGAUGGCGGAAAAGACAGGCAAGGAAGUUAAAGGUAUCAAGUGGGGUGACGGCGCUGCCUGCAAUAUCCGAUGGGCAGGUGCCCCACUACGAGAAGUCCUCCUUAGCGUGGGCGUUCCCGACGGGGACCAUAAUUCGUAUGAGGGAUUCCACGUAUGUUUUGCAUCGUACGUGGCGCCAUGCGAGGAUGAUGGAUACUACGGUGGGUCGAUACCCCUAGCGGACGCAAUGAGUGAAGAAGGGGAUGCUUUGCUCGCCUACGAAAUGAAUGAAGAACUACUCACGCCCGAUCACGGCUUCCCGUUGCGCAUCGUCGUGCCUGGCACCUACGGCAUGCGAUGGGUGAAAUGGGUAGACAGGAUCACGAUAUCCCGACAAGAGUCCCCUAAUUUCUACCAACAAAGAGAUUACAAGAUAUUACCCGAUACCGUUACAAGCAAAGAAGUCGCUGAAUCACAGGGAUGGUGGUCGCGCGUCCCGUCAAUGCAGCAUCUCGCAUGCAAUUCCGUCGUUGCGGAUGUAUGUCGUCUGACAUCUCGUCCAGACGAAACAAGGUUGAAAGUAGCGGGGUACGCGUACUCACGCUGGCCUAUCGCCCGCGUCGAGAUAAGCGUCGAUAACGGUAGGACGUGGGAGGAUGCUUGUAUCAAGUACCAGGAAGGACGGUGGAGUUGGGCUUUGUGGGAGGCUGAACUCGAAGUUACACUAGACGAAGACGCAGAAACAAUAGGCUUGAUCAACAUCGACGAAGAGGAGAAUGGUCGCUUGAAACGAAACAUGGUCGUCCUUAGCCGUGCAAUCGACUCCUUCGGGAACGAACAGGAACUAAACUACAAGUGGAAUUUGAGGGGAGUCGGGUACUCCGGACUUGGCGAACGUCUUGUUGAGGUCUGAGCAAGUGGCACUAUCGAAAGAGGACAUGCCUUUGUCGCACCCACGCGGAAGCUAGAAUCAGACCGGCUCCUUUUUGUAAUGGAGGCGCUAUGCCCCUCAGCUUAUCCAUUCCAGUUUUCUAUCAGUACUGAUAGUAGUAAGGUGAAGGUAUUCAAGAAAACAUCAGGCCGAGCCUCAGAACGGCGUAGGUUCAUGUUAUCAUGUUAUAU